AUGGAAAAUAUGGAUGAGGAUGCACCUUCUGCGGGGCAGCAGCAGCAGCAGCUCGUCGAAGGUCCCGCUGCUGCUGCUGCUGCUGCUGUUGCUGCUGCAGGAGGUGACGCAGCAGACACUGCAGCGGCACUAACAGCAGCAGAAGAGCCUGCUGCAGAGGAUAAUGCAGCAGAAAAUCAACCCAAGGCCGCAGCAGCAGCAGCAGCAGCAGAAGAUGAGUGGGGCUUGUUCGGAGGCCAGGACCCCUUAGAAGAGGACAUAGAUUUCGAAGGCGUUCCUGGAGCAGCAGCAGCAGCAGGUGAGGAGCAGCAGAAGGACGGCGAGGCAGCCGCAGGCCCAUCAGCAACAGCAGCAGCAGCAGCAGCAGAUUUCGACGAGGCCUGCUGCAGCAGCAAACUCAGCUACGCCCUGGGCCUGGCCGUGGGGCCCAUCUGCUGGGAGCCCUCAAAUGAGGUUCAGCUCUUUGCAGCAAAGACGAAGCAGAGAGAAAUGACAGCAGCAGCAACACUGCUGCAGCAGCAGCCACCGGAAGUGCGGGCUUCGCUGCAGCGGCGGCUGCAGCGCAUGCAGGAGAAGGCGAAGCUGCUGCUGCCGUUUCAUCCGCUGCCCCCUUGCAAGCUGCUGCCAGUCCCAGAGGCGCUGCUGCAGCAGCAGGAGGAGCAGCAGCAGGAGCAGCAGCGGGAGCAGCAGGAGCAGCAGCAGCAGAAGAAGAAGGAGCAGCAGCAACAGCAACACGGCCAGCAGGGCGUUGCUCUGUCUGCCCACUUUCCUGACGAUGUUGCUGCAGCGCAGCAGCUGCUGCUGCAACUGCAGCUUCUGCUGCUGCUGCUCCUGCUUCAAGUCAGCCCGUGGCAGCAGCAGCAAGUGACGCAGCGGCACCAGCAACAACUGCAGCAGAAUCAGAAGCAUCAGCAGCAGGAGACUCCACCAACAGCCAAACGGCCGCCGGAGGGACCCCCAAAAAGUCUGA